AUGGAAGUCGUCCGUCGUGGUUCUGCUAUCGUUGUCGCGAUCGCGAUUGUGGCAUUGACGCUGAUGAUGAUGGUGGCGGCCGCCACCGCCACCAGUGCAUUCAACUCCCGUCUCAACGAACUGGACACGAUCGAUGAAUUUGACAUUAUUCCGGAAUCGAGCAAGCUGACACCGCAGAACUUUUCCCGCCAGAUCCGAUCGGCCCAGUUCUAUUUGGUGCUGUUCUACGUGCCAUGGUGUGAGUACUGUCAACAACUGCUGCCCCAGUGGAUCCAGUUGGCCGACAUGGUGAGUGAUCGCUUCCUCCGGAUGAUACGGGUCGGACACGUGGACUGCAUCGCCCAGGAGGCUUUCUGCAAUCGGGUGAACGUCGUUGAUUAUCCCAGCGUGCGGGCCUACUCGCGUGGCCCUCCGGUGCGCUACCAAGUGAUACAACCGUACGAGCUGGGCGAUACGAUCGAGUACCUGCAGGAGUUUUUGCUGGGCGCUGCCAAAGAUCAGCGGCGGAGUUGA